AUGGCCUCCCCUGCACCCGGCGAACACAUGGCACCUGCGCAACCGAAGAUCACUCUUCACUGGCUUGAAGUCUCUCGUGCGCAUCGAAUCCUAUUCCUCUUUGAGGAACUUGGUGUUGAUUAUGAACUCAAAACGUACAAACGGACCCAAGAACGACUCGCACCACCAGAGUUGAAGAAGAUUCACCCCCUGGGUAAAUCUCCCGUUGUCACUAUCGAAACUCCAGGCUCGACCGCGCCAGUUAUUCUGGCAGAGUCUGCAGCGAUUGCCGAGUACUUUUGCGAUUACUACGGAAAAGAGACCUCUCUGGUUCCCAGCAGGUACCAAGAAGGUAAAGAUGGACAAAUUGGAGGCGAGACCGAGUCAUGGCUACGCUACAGGAUGUUCAUGCACUACGCCGAGGGCAGCCUCAUGCCACUGAUGCUGUUAUCGCUGAUUGUUAGAGGCAUCCGGAAUGCUCCCGUCCCGUUCUUCAUCAAACCGAUCACAAAUAGCGUUGCUGGCAAGAUUGAAUCAUCCUUUCUUCGGAGAAACAUGAAGAACCAUUAUGACUUUCUUGAAGCCCAACUCGCAACGUCUCCAGACGCUGGGGACUAUCUAUGUGGGAAAGACAUCACGGCAGCGGACAUAAUGCUUUCAUUCCCAUUGGAAGCAGGUCAGACCAGGUCAGGAUUUGCGGAGAGUCAAUACCCCAGAAUCUGGGGAUACAUUGAGCGGCUGCACGAAAGAGAUGCGUACAAGCGUGCGGUGGCCAAGAUUGUGGCAAUCGAGGGCGAAUUCAAGACCACACUGUAA